AAACCGGAAACCGGACGAACUUGCCUAUCAUGGCUGCGGCCGGUAUCUGAAAAUUCUCUUGUGUUCGGUUACCUUCAAUUCCAUUUGCAAAACGUUUCUUGGACGACCAGAAAAGACUUUGGAGUAAACUUGCAGGAUGUCGUUUCGCGUGGUGAGGCAGAGCAAGUUCCGUCAUGUCUAUGGCCAGGGAGGCAAGCGCGACGACUGCUACGACGGCAUCCGCGUCACAAAGAGCUCGUGGGAUUCUCCGUUCUGCGCCGCGAAUCCCAAGUUCCUCGGCAUCAUCACCGAGGCGGCCGGAGGCGGGGCGUUCCUCGUCAUCCCCCUGAGCAAGACGGGCCGGCUGGAGAGAGACUACCCGCUCGUGUCCGGUCACAAGGGACCCGUACUGGACAUCGCCUGGUGUCCGUUCAACGAUGACGUCAUCGCCAGCGCGUCCGAGGACUGCACGGUCAAGGUGUGGCAGAUACCCGAGAACUGGCCACACAGAUCUAACCUGGACGAGCCAGUGGUGUCGCUGGUGGCGCAUCAGCGCAGGGUAGGCACAGUGGUGUGGCACCCCACCGCUAACAACAUACUUCUAAGUGCAGGGGCCGACCACGUGCUGUUCAUCUGGAACGUGGGCACGGGCGAGGUUCUGCGCGAGAUCAGCUGUCACACGGACAUAAUCUUCAGCUCGUGUUGGAACUACGACGGCAGCCGACUCGUCACCACCUGCAAGGACAAGAAGAUACGCAUCAUAGACCCGCGCACGGGCGACGUGCUGCAGGUUGGCAAGGGUCACGAUGGAGCGAAGCCUCAGAAGGCGGUCUACCUGAAGGACGGACACAUCUUCACGACCGGAUUUUCACGCAUGAGCGAGCGCCAGUACUCCCUGCGCAAGGAGCGCGUCGUCGUCGUCUUCGUCGUCCACCAGGGGGACUGCACGAUCCGCUACUUUGAGAUAACGGACGAGUAUCCGUACGUUCACUUCAUCAACGUCUAUCAGUCGACGGACCCGCAGCGCGGCAUGGGCUUUAUGCCGAAGCGGGGCUGCGACGUCAACACGAACGAGAUCGCUCGCUUCUUCAAGGUGUACACGAAGGGACUGUGCGAACCCAUCUCCAUGACCGUGCCAAGAAAGUCGGAGCUCUUCCAGGAGGACCUGUACCCGAACACGGCCGGCGACGUGCCGGCAUUGACGGCCGAGGAAUGGUUCGAGGGCAAGAAUGCAAAUCCCAUCCUGAUCUCGUUGAAGGGAGGCUACACACCGUCGAACCAGCUUCGGCAGCUCACCGUCAACAAGAAGCCAAACAUCCUCGACAAGAUGCCCAGCAAGACUGGUGGCAAUGCCACGAACAGCGUAAGUGCACGCUCUUCCUAUGCCUAA